AUGGCUCCCAUCCAAUGUCAGCUGAGCUGCUUCUAUGAACCUCUUGUCCUUCUCUAUACACUAGGCCAGACAAGAGGAGAAUACACUGGUAAUAUCCAUGUCGGAGAAAGUGCUGUUUCCUUAUUCAACAACACACGUCUUCGUCGCACGUUCCUGUCCCAGCUCGCUUGGCAGGAGACUGCAUCGCAUCAUUCCAAAAAUCCACCAUCGAGGCAUGGUGAAGACGAAGGUCUAGGUUCAGCACAGAGUGCGAGAGAUGAAUACGUCUACAUUGCCGAUGGCUACGGCAUGAUUCGGCGGAUUAUCUUCAUCAUAACGGUGUGUUCAUCCAUGUUCACGAAUCAGUUGGGCCUAUGCAACAGCCUCAUGACGCUCGAAAUAAUCGGAGAGUCCUUUGGUGUCACCGACCCUGGCAAACUCUCGUGGACAAUCGCUGGCUACGGCUUGACUCUAGGCACAUUCAUCUCGAUCGGAAGGUGUUUGGGUGACGAGUUUGGCAACAAGGCAAUCUUCAUCAUCGGUAUGGGCUGGCUUGCUUUGACCAGCAUGAUGGCAGGGUCUCCGUCUACUCCAGCUACCCCGUCUACGUCCUUGCUCGUGUCCUGCAGGGCCUUGGUCCCGCCUUAA